AUGUCUAGGACUCACCUCUUUCACUCUCCCGAUGGCCUCGUGGUCAAGUCUCUAAGGGGACUCAUCUCUUACAAUCCAAACCUUUCACUCGACGAAGCCAACCGUGUUGUCUUUGACACAAGACACGAUCAAACCAAGGUCAGCAUCAUAUCGGGUGGGGGGUCAGGUCAUGAACCUGCAUGGAGUGGCUACGUGGGCGAGAACAUGCUCGCGGCCUCCGUGGGCGGUGAUAUCUUCGCCAGUCCCUCAACGAAGCAGAUCUUGGCUGCCAUUGACGCGGUACCAAGUAAGGAGGGAACCAUCCUUGUGGUCACAAACUACACAGGCGACUGCCUACAUUUUGGUCUCGCAAAUGAGAAGGCCAUCGCGAGGGGUCAUCGCUGUCGAAUGAUUGUCUGUGGCGACGACGUCUCUGUUGGCAAGGCCAACGGAUCCAUGGUCGGGCGGCGAGGGCUUGCUGGGCAGAUCGGGGUCCUGAAGAUCAUGGGUGGCGCCGCAGGACAGGGCGCGUCCUUGAGCGACGUCUACGACCUCGGUGUGGCCUUCUCCCAGCAGAUUGUCUCGAUUGCUGCCACGCUGGACCACUGCCAUGUACCCGGGCGGACAGAGCAUGCCGUGCUUGGAGAUGACGAGGUCGAGAUUGGCACGGGUCCACACAACGAGCCUGGGUACAAGAGGCUUUCCCCGGCGCCCUCAGCCGAGGAGCUGGUCAAGAUGAUAUUGACCCACUGCUUGGAUGAGACUGACCCUGACCGGGGCUAUGUAAAAUUCAACACCGGCGAUGAGACCCUGCUACUUAUCAGCAAUUUUGGUGGCAUAUCUCCCUUGGAAAUGGGUGCCUUAACGGACGAGAUCCUCCAGCAACUGGCCACCGACUGGAACAUAGAGCCAGUGCGCGUCUACGUGGGACCCCUAGAAACAUCUCUCAAUGCACAAGCAUUUUCGGUGUCCGUAAUUAAUGUGACAGCUGCGGCCGAGAACUGUUCCUAUUCGGUCGACGAGAUCAAGGCUUUCGCAGACGUGAAAACGACAACCUCUUGGGAGUCCAUGGCGGGGUCGCAGAUUGCAAGGCGAAACCGCCAACAACAGCUCGUCAGCCCUCCGGAAGAGCCCGUCAAGGCAGUUGUUGAUCCCAGCAGGGACCUGAGGCUGGAGCCUGCGGCAUUGGACAAGAUGUUGCGAGGCGCAUGCGACGCACUCAUACAAGCCGAACCGGAUCUGACAAAAUGGGACACCUUGAUGGGCGACGGGGACUGCGGUGAAACGCUGAAGACCGGUGCGACCAGCCUUCUCACAGCGCUGGACGAGAAGAGCGUCGCGGCCACCGGCUCCGUGGUGACGGUUCUGCGGGAACUGGAGGACAUUGUCGAGAGCAAGAUGGGUGGCACGCUCGGGGGGAUCCUGGGCAUCUUCUUCGUGUCACUGCGCACCGCCGUCGAGAACCUUGUGCAGGAUGGCCUGGCGCGUCCCGCGCCCGAGGUCUGGGGCCAUUCUCUUGCCACCGCUCUUGAGCACCUGACCAAGUACACCCCGGCCAAAGUGGGUGACCGGACUGUCAUGGACACCCUCAUCCCUUUCGCUGCGGCAAUACAGGAGGCUGGCAGCUUUGACGAGGGCAUCCGGGCGGCUGUCAGGGGCGCAGAAGCCACCAAGAGCAUGACCCCAAAGCUUGGAAGGGCCACUUACGUCGCGGCCGGGCGUGAGCGGGGAGGUGAGGGCGUGCUACCCCCUGAUCCAGGGGCUUGGGGCGCAAUGGUCGCCAUACAGGGUCUGAGGAACGGGCUGUCGUCGAGAAAGGACAGUGCUGUUGCUGUAUAA